UCUACUUUUUUUAUCGAUUUCUCUAUCAGUCUAACUUUCUCUCUCGCCCCGGCAGGAGGAAGAGCAGAUCCUGCUCUCUCUACCUCUCUCUCUCAAGCUCUCUCUAUCUAUCCCUAUCUAUAUCUAUCUAACUCUUUAUCGAUCUAUCUAUCCAUCUCUCUCUCGCUCAUACAGGAGGAAGAGAAGGUCCUGCCCGUCAUCGACCUGAGCCUGGCCAAGGGUCACACGCGGGCCGGCCUGGUGAAGGAGCUGCACGAGGCGCUCACCACCGUGGGCUUCAUCUACCUCAAGAACGUGGACGGCUACGACGAGGAGGCGCUGCUGCGACACUCCAAGUGGUUCUUCAGCCUGCCGAUGGAGCAGAGGAUGGCCAUCUCCAAGAAGUCUUUCAACCCUAAGUGCAGCAACGAGUACCGCGGAUACUUUCCUGUCAUCCCCGGCGCCGUGUCCCACAAGGAAGCCUUCGAGAUCGGGCCGAAGCAGGGGAAGCCGAAGGAGGGACUCAUAUCGCUGGAGGAGAAGUUCAUCAUCGAGGACAACCAAUGGCCUCUAGAGUCUAGAGGAAUCCGAGGAGGGCAGGAAAUUCAGGGUCAGACAUGGAUGGAGGUCUACCACGAGAAGAUGACCGAGGCUUCGCGGGAGCUGCUGAGCCUGAUCGCGGAAGGUUACGGAGCACCCAGCGACUUCUUCGCCGACAUCUUCAGGGAUCCGCAUCUCUCCACGCUCCGGCUCAUCCGCUACCCGGCCAGACCCAACACGACAUAUGAAGCCCGUGACGGUGACGCGGUGAUCCAGACGGCCGAACACCAGGACACCACGAUGGUCACCCUGCCGGCCACCUUUGCCGAGUACCCGGGGCUGCAGGUUCGCUGGUGGAAGGACGACUCCAUCAUCGACGUGACGCACAAACCCGGCCACCUCGUCAUGAACAUCGGCCAGCUGCUCUCCUACACCAGCGGCGGGGCUCUCAAGGCUACCAAACACCGCGUGAUCGACUGCUGUGGUGAUAGGCUGUCCGUCCCAUUCAUCCUGGAGCCACGGUUCCACGCCAACGUGAACGUGGUCCUGCCGGGGUGCGAGCAGAGGGAGAGUCAGCCCAAGUAUUACGGCCACUGGCUCUUGGAGGGGAUCAGAAAGUGGGCCGAAUACAAGGAUCUCUGCAGGCGAAUCGAAACACAGACCGCGAAGACACUGUAUGAGGGAGAAGAAGAUGAGGAUGAAGUGAUGAUGUGGAAGAAAUAGAUAGGAGGAAGGGGAAGAGG